AUGGCUCUGAAGGACACAGGCACCAGCGGCAGCACCAUCCUGCCCAUUAGCGAGAUGGUCUCCUCGUCCAGUUCUCCGGGAGCGCCGGGAGCCGCCACCCCGGGGCCCAGCGCGCCUUCGCCCUUCCCCGAGGUGGUGGAGCUGAACGUGGGGGGCCAGGUCUAUGUGACCAAGCACUCGACGCUGCUCAGCGUUCCGGACAGCACUCUGGCCAGCAUGUUCUCACCCGCUAGCCCCCGGGGUGGCGCCCGGCGCCGGGGCGAGCUGCCCAGGGACAGCCGGGCGCGCUUCUUCAUCGACCGAGACGGCUUCCUGUUCAGGUAUGUGCUGGAUUAUCUGCGGGACAAGCAGCUCGCGCUGCCCGAACACUUCCCAGAGAAGGAGCGGCUCCUGCGCGAAGCUGAGUACUUCCAGCUCACGGAGCUUGUCAAGCUGCUGUCGCCCAAGGUCACCAAGCAGAACUCGCUCAACGACGAGGGCUGCCAGAGCGACCUGGAGGACAACGUCUCGCAGGGCAGCAGCGACGCGCUCCUGGUGCGCGGGGCAGCGGCGGCCGCGCCCUCGGGCCCGGGAGCGCACAGCGGCGGUGGCGCGCCUGACAGGCGCUCCGGCUUCCUCACGCUUGGCUACCGCGGCUCCUACACCACCGUGCGCGACAACCAGGCGGACGCCAAGUUCCGGCGCGUGGCGCGCAUCAUGGUGUGCGGGCGCAUCGCACUGGCCAAGGAGGUCUUCGGGGACACGCUCAACGAGAGCCGCGACCCAGACCGGCCGCCCGAGAAGUACACGUCGCGCUUCUACCUCAAGUUCACCUACUUGGAGCAAGCGUUCGACCGCCUGUCUGAGGCUGGCUUCCACAUGGUGGCGUGUAACUCCUCUGGCACGGCUGCCUUUGUCAACCAAUACCGGGACGACAAGAUUUGGAGCAGCUACACUGAGUACAUCUUCUUCCGACCACCUCAGAAAAUAGUGUCACCCAAACAAGAACAUGAAGAUAGGAAGCAUGACAAAGUUACAGAUAAAGGAAGUGAGAGUGGAACCUCCUGUAAUGAGCUCUCCACUUCCAGCUGUGACAGCCACUCAGAGGCGAGCACUCCACAGGACAACCCAGCCAACGCCCAACAGGCAACAGCUCACCAACCCAAUACCUUAACGUUAGAUCGUCCUUCCAAAAAAGCACCUGUGCAGUGGAUGCCUGCACCAGACAAACGCAGAAACAGUGAACUCUUUCAGACCCUCAUCAGCAAGUCUCGGGAAACAAAUCUUUCAAAAAAGAAAGUCUGUGAGAAGCUAAGUGUGGAAGAAGAAAUGAAAAAAUGCAUUCAGGAUUUUAAAAAAAUCCACAUCCCAGAUUAUUUUCCAGAGCGCAAACGUCAAUGGCAGUCUGAACUGUUACAGAAGUAUGGGUUAUAG